AGAGAGAGAGAGAGAGAGAGAGAUCUGUAGAAAACAAAGUCCCUCCUGACAGACAGCAUGUGAGUUAGAGCGCGCGCUCGGUGCUCCGUCAUCGUCGGUGUGUUGUGUUGUGUUGUGUUCCUGCUGUAUAUAUAAUAACAUUCAGCUCAGCGUCCUGUCUCUAAACACAAUGCAUGACGGAACCGAAACUGAGGAGAAAUUGUCCCGCUGGACCUGGUGGCCCUCCUGGCGCCCGACCUCCCUCUCACUCCUGAGGAACACCGAGACGAAGAUCCUAGACCGUGUCCAGAAUGACCUGUGGGCUCGUUUUGUCUCUCUUCCGACUCAGGACAGGAUCUGGACGCUAAUGGUUAAUCAUAAAAGUUGCAGAGACGCUCCAAAGUCAGGCUCGCGGACUCCCCUGGUGAUGGUACACGGCUUCGGAGGUGGUGUGGGUCUGUGGAUCAGGAAUCUCGACCCUUUGUGCCGCUCGCGUCCCAUCUUCGCGUUUGACGUGCUGGGAUUCGGACGGAGCUCUCGUCCACGUUUUCCGCUAGACCCCGCCCAGGCCGAACAGCAGUCCGUCACCUCUAUAGAACACUGGAGGCAGGCACUGGGCCUGGAAAAAAUGAUCCUUUUAGGCCACAGCUUAGGGGGUUACCUGGCAACAUCUUAUGCCAUACAGUAUCCCGAGAGAGUUCGCCACCUGAUCCUGGUGGACCCCUGGGGUUUUGAGCCCAUGCCUCCAGACGGCGUGUCGAGUCUGGGAUGUCCACGCUGGCUAGAGAUGAUCAUAGCCUUCGCAUCGUACUUCAACCCUUUGGCUGUCGUCCGGGCCUGUGGGCCACUGGGUCCAAAGUUAAUCAGUCGAGUUCGGCCAGACUUUAAGAGGAACUUCGAGGAGCUUUUUCAGGAUGAUACGAUUAUGGAAUACAUUUAUCACUGUAACGCACAGACUCCCAGUGGUGAGGUCGGGUUCAGAGCCAUGUGUGCCUCCUUACUCUGGGCAAGGAGACCCAUGCUGGAGCGGGUUCACCUCUUGCCCUCUGACCUCCCGGUGACCCUGGUGUACGGAGGCCAGUCGUGGAUGGACAGUUCGACAGGAGCGCGAGUAGCCCGGCUCAGGCCGAACAGCUACACACACACAGUGGUUAUUGAAGGAGCUCCACAUCAUGUUUACGCUGAUAAGCCUGAAGCUUUCAACGCAGUGGUGCAGAGCAUCUGUGAUACUGUAGAUUAACCUGUGUGUGUGUGUGUGUGUGUGUGCUUGUACAGUUUAUUUGUUUGCCCUUUAAUGUCACAUUUCCCUUUUUUAAAUAAAUGUUCAUCACAUGGGUCCACUAA